AUGAGCGCCGGAAGCGCGAGUUUCCUCGAGAUCCAGCCCUCGGAGCUGGCAUUUCCCUUUGAAUUGAUGAAGCAGAGCUCGUGCUCCAUGCAACUCGCAAAUAAGACCGACCAUUAUGUAGCAUUCAAGGUCAAAACUACCAACCCAAAGCAGUACUGUGUGCGCCCUAAUAUUGGCGUUGUACUUCCUGGGUCGACUUGUGAUGUUACAGUUACAAUGCAAGCGCAGAGGGAAGCACCUCCUGAUCUGCAGUGUAAGGACAAGUUCCUAGUUCAAAGUGUUGCAGCUGAGAAUGGUGCAGCAACUCAAGAUAUUAGUGCAGCAAUGUUCAACAAGGAGCCAGGGAAGGUUGUUGAUGAAUGCAAGCUGCGUGUAAUUUAUGUGCCAACAUCUUCACCUAGCCUGUUCUCUGAAGAUUCAGAACAAGGGAGUUCUGCUCGUUCAUUGGAAAACAGGACUCCUAAUUCUACAUUGCCACAAUCUGUAUUUAGAUCAUCUGGUGAAGCAUCAAAGGAGAAGUCCUCGGAGGCAACAUCCAUGAUUUCCAAGCUAACUGAGGAGAAAAUGUCUGCUGUUCAGCAAAACCAGAAGUUGAGACAAGAGCUGGAUGUCCUACGCAAAGAGAGCAGCAAAAGCAACGGCGGUUUCUCAAUCACCUUCUUGAUUGUGGUGGGUAUUCUGGGCAUCAUCGCUGGUUUCAUCCUCAAGAAGACAUAG